CAUGGCCGGUUUUUUAUAAGAUCUUGUUUUGACUUGGAGAGGAAUCUUAGAGCAAAGAAUUCUUGCAUUCUCCACGGGCUAUGGCGGAAGGGGCAACGCACCGCAUGAUCGACACAAAUGGCAUCAAGAUGCAUAUAGCAGAGAUGGGAUCAGGAGGGCCGACUGUGGUGCUGCUCCAUGGCUUCCCCGAGACGUGGUAUACAUGGAGGUUCCAACUCAAGGCGCUGGCGGACGCUGGUUUCCACGCCGUUGCUCCAGACUUGCGAGGCUUUGGUCUCACCGAGUGUCCCAGGGAUUCAUACGGCAACUUCAAGCUCACGCCUCUGGAUCUCGUGGGAGAUAUCGUGGGUCUCAUCUAUGCUCUCGGAGGAGACCCGGUGUUCGUCGUGGGUCAUGACAUUGGAACAUCCACAGGAUGGAACUUGUGUCGCAUGAGGCCGGAUCUCGUGAGAGCUUAUGCUUCGCUUGGAGGUCCUUUCGUGCGAGCCGGAGGAGCUCCAACUUUUGGACUUCCCCAGGAAGGAGGAUUCUACGUGAAUCGCUUUGGUGUACCUGGGAGAGCCGAGAAAGACUUCGCUCGAUUUGACACGGCCACCGUGCUCAAGAACAUCUACACGCUCUUUUGCCGGUCCGAGCUCCAGAUCGCCGGGCCCGACGAGGAGAUAAUGGACUUGGUCACCACCUCGGACCCCAUCCCGAGCUGGCUCACCGAAGAGUUCAUCAAAGUCCAGUCCGAGCUCUACGACAAGUCCGGCUUCGAAGGCCCGCUGCGCUUCACGUAUCGCGACCGCAUGAGGAAGUUUGAGCUCAUGGCUCCCUGGAUCAACAUACCAGUGACGAGCCGCUGCCUCUACAUCACCGGCAAAGAUGACUAUGUGCGCAAGUUUCCGGGGCUGGACGAGUACGUGACCGGUGGUGGAAUGAAGCGAGACGUCCCCAACCUCGUCGACGUUGCUAUUGUUCCCGGUGGCCAUUUUGUGGAGGAAGACUCACCUAAGGAAGUGAACUCGUUGCUCAUACGCUUCUUCAAAGAGUAAAGCAUUCCCAUUGCCUGGAAAAUGAGAAAUACUUAUUUUUAAAUGAAAAAUUCAAUAAAAAUGUAUUAUAUA